UCACGAGCCAAACUAGCGUGAACGGCUCAAGAAAGAAGACUGGAAGACUGCAUGAAACUAAAGGAUGAAAAACAAGUCGACUUGACUUCGUUGGUGCUGCGCCGGUGGCACUUGAGUCGGUGUUUCGGGUGUUAGCGAAGGGGUUCGAGAAUCUUUCAGACGCAAACACAGUGAGCGGCAAGAAAAAUGAAACAAAAUGAAGAAAGAAGAGCAGCAGAUGACAGACAGUGGCCUUGCACUUCGGGCUCUCACUUCUCGCCAGCCAGAUGCGGCAGCAUGGAGGAGGCAGAGCCAAGUGUCUACGUCGCCCAGCUGAAGGCGGAGUUUGACAGCUUCGACACGGCAUCCUCGGGCUUCCUGGGCGAGCAGGAAGUGACGGCGCUGUGCAGGAAGUUGUAUCUGGACGCCCACCUGCCGCUCCUGCUUGACUCGUUGCUGGGAGGACAAGGAGGAGCCUGCACCAGGGUGGACUUUGAGGCCUUCAAAGAGUACUUUGUGGAGGUUUUAUCUCGUUCGCAGGACUUGACGUCAGAUGACGACAGCAGCUGCCUGCGGCCAGUUGUUGCCGACCAAGAGAAACCAAAGUUUGUCAAGGGCGAAAAACGUUACGGACGCCGCUCGCGUCCUGACGUGAUGCUGUUGCCACUGUCUCCAUCGUCGCCACAAUUGCCACCGUCGGACGACAUGCCGCCGCCCACCCCCGAUUCCGCCCUCCCGACGGAGGUCGGCGGGCCCAAGAUACGCCGAGCUGCCUCUCUAGACAUUGUGGAGGAGCACGGCAUGUUGGACCAGGUCUCACUUGCACCCUUCAAGAAGCUUCUGUGUGGCUCUACCCCCGUCUGCUGCUCUACGUCACACAGGACGCCGCUGGCGCCAGAGGAAGGGUCGCUGUCUGAGAAUGGGACGCUGCUGACAGCCUGGCCAGGUCCCCGAGUCCUCAGCCGGCUGGACGAUGGCUCGGGACGCGCCUGCCCUGAGAGAGUGGUCGCCCUCUGGCGUGACGAGGGCGUCCGCGAUGCUCGGGACAUCCUGCAGACGCUGGACUUCCCUGUGGAGGAGCGCGUGAGUUUGCGGGAGCUGACGUUGGCCCUAGACAAUGAACUCCUGGGCAGCGGUGACAGAAUCCACCAGGUGGCGCUCAUCUGCUACAAGGAUGAACUCCAGCACCUGCGGGCGCGCUGGGAGCAGGCGUGCGGCGAGCGCGACAAGGCCAGGGCUGACCUGGAGCGGGCAGAGUGUGUGAACCUGCGGCUCCUGCACGAGGCGGACGAGCGGCUUGCCGGCAUGGAGGCGCUCAGCCGGACCAGGAUCAGAGAGCUGGAGCGGGACUUCCGGGAGCGCCUGGCGGAACAGCGCAGCCAAGCGGAGCAGGAGAACGAUGCCGCUGUGCAGCAGCUGGAACAGGAACGGCAAGAACUGCGAGAGCAACUGAUUGUGUUCGGGGUGCGGGAGGCGGAGCAAAGGGAGGAGCUGGCCGCUGCCGCGCAGGAGAAGGCUCACUUGGAGGAGGAGGUUGCGGAUGUGACGCGCAGGUUGAGUGAGGCGGAAAACUGCGCCCGGCAUCUGUGCGCCGACUUAAAGCAGCUGCUGCAGCUCAAGUCGAGCAGCUCGGACCCUGAAGACAGACAGGACAGACUUCUGGAAGACUGUGAGCGCCGCUGCAGAGAGCUGCGGGACCAAAACGACGAGCUGAGCUCCGAGUUGGAGUCGCAUAAGAGUCAUGAGAAGAGCCGCAGAAAGUGGAUGAAGGUGGGCCGCUCUGAAGCUCCAUCGAGCAGUGGCGAGUCCGACUCUGACCAUCUUGACAUGAAGCGCCGCUCAUCUCCUCCUCGUUGUGCCACAGUCCACCCGGAUGACACAACGGCGGCCGUCAGCAUCGAGACGGAAUUUGCGGUGGAGAAGCUGAAGAGCAAACACAAGCUGGAGAUCCAGCAGCUCAACAUCCAGAUGGAGACACAGGUCAACUACUACGAGCGCAGUCUGGACAGGAUGAGGCAGAGCAUGGAAGUGGAACGCAAAGACAUCGCUCAGGCCUUCAAGCUGGAGAUCAGCGAGCUUGAGGAUCAGAAGGCAAAGGCGGGGCAUCAGGUCACGAUUCUGAAGGAGGCGUUGGACAAAGUUCACAAUCAGCUCCAGCACAGCGUGCGGUCUUUCGAGCAAGAGCGUAGGAUGCAACGGCAGCGAGCUGACUCGGAGCAGAACUUUGCCAGAGAGAUCAGAAACCUGGUCCAGAGGCUGAACGCUGAGAAGGACCAGCUGGAGGCAGAGCUUAACCUCAAGAUGGACCAAGAAGUCAUGAUGGUCAGGAACCAUCUGGAUGAAGCGCAGUCCGACAAUGCCGCCCUGCAGGAGCAUCUCUGCCUCCUGCGGCAGGAAAUUGACAAGCUGAAUGAUGAGGUCACCAACAAGAGGAGCAAGUUGGAGGAGCUUGAGCAGCAUGGUGAGAGCAGCAGACAGGAAGUGGAGAGGCUACGCCAGGAGGUGCGGCAACUGCAGGAAGAGGCAGAGCUUCAGUGGGAGCAGAGGCUGCGGCUGGAGGAGGAGCUUCGCGGCUGCGGGUGCAAGAUGGAGGCGGAUGAUAGGCAAAUGAUGAAGGCAGAGCUCCGGAGAGACGACGCACUUGGUGACAAGAAGGCGGAGUGUUGCAGAGUCGCAGAGGAGCUCAGCCACACCCAAGAAGUGUCCGACCUGCACAGGAUCCUGAGCGAUUCCCACAGGAUGGUGCAGGAGGCGGAGUCCAACAGAAAGUUGAUGGACAACGAGCGGCAAGACGCGCACAACCGGCAGCUGCUUGAGCAGGUGCAGCAGCUGCUGGAGGAACAGCAGAUGCUGAGCACACAAGUGGCACACAUGCACACGACCAGGAUGCAGGCCGAGGGGGAGGCCCAAGCAGCAUUCGGUAUGGUGCAGCAGGAAGGGGCGGAGCUCAGGGAGAGGGUGACGUGGCUGCUGGCUCGGCUGCAGGAGGAGCAGAUGCGGAGUCGGCGGCUGGAGGAGGAGCUACAGCUCUGUGAUUGCCAGAGCGCCGCGCACGUCAGCCUCAAGGAGGAGCAGCACGUGAAGGCGCUGGCGGCCGCGCAGCAAAGCACGCGGGAGCUGGAAGUCAAGCUGAAGGCUUCUCGUGCUAUUCUGCACAAGAAGGUCCAGCAACUCCAACAGCAGGUGGCCAAGAACGUCAGGUCGAGCCAGAUGUUGAAGGAGCUCUACUUGGAAAACUCGCAGCUGAUGACAACGCUGCAGCUCACAGAGCGGCGCCAUCAAAAGGCUCAGAAGGACAACAUGGUGCUGGAGGAGAAGGUGGGCGCCCUCAACCGGCUCCUCGGGGACAUGGUGUCUGCAGCGCUCCUCACCUAGAGCUCACGUCCUGUUGCGCGUGGCUUCAUCUCCACUCUGGACAUCAGGCUCGUCCAAAAGGCGCUUUUUACCCUCUCACCUUAUAAUAAAUUAAAGUGGUUUUGGCAGCAGCGGGUGUC